AUGUCGGACUGCAAGGCUCCCUUCACCGUGCGUAUUUGCAAGCUGCUGACAAAUCCUCUGCUGCAACGGAGGCAGAUGUACGUUGACUUGCUUCAUCUAGGCCGAGCGAACGUGAGCCGCGUGGAGCUGCAGCAGCGGCUCACACAGCAAUUCAAGGUCCAGGAUCCGCGCUGCAUCAUCGUGGGUAACCUGUCCACUGCCUUCGGUGGAGGUAGGAGCAGGGGCCAAGCCUGGAUAUAUGACGACUUCAAGGCGGUUCAGCGCUUCGAGCACAAGUACAGACUUGUCAGGGCAGGACUACUCGAGGCGCAGCCCAAGAAGGGUCGCAGGGGUGUGAAGGAGCUGAAGAACAGGAGGAAGAAGCUCCGCGGCACCGAGAAGGCGAAGGCAGCUGGUGGAAAGAAGUAA